GGUAUUUAUUAAUUGUGCGAUCGACACCGCUAAAAUAGGACGUCUCUUCGCCACUUUAAUGUAAACAAACCAUAUUUUUAAAAUGAGUUGCAUAGUUAUUUUCCGUUUUAUUGCAACGAUUCUUUUAGUUUUUAUUUAUAGUUUCAUAUUUUUAUUCGUUGUUUUAUUCGGUACAUUAAAGUAUCAUCUUAAGUAUUUGUGUAGACAAAAGCCUAAAAUAGUUAAACCAGCCAGUCUUACGGAUCCAAAAUAUGGCGAGCAUAAAUAUAUUAAGGCCAAUAAUGUGAAAUUGCAUUAUGUAGAGAGCGGCGAUCCAUCUAAACCGUUAAUGCUGUUCAUUCAUGGAUUCCCAGAGUUUUGGUAUACUUGGCGACAUCAAAUUGUUGAAUUUAAUAAAGAGUACCGGGUAGUGGCAAUAAAUUUGCGUGGAUAUGCUGGUUCAGAUAAACCAAAAGGAAUAUCAUCAUACAAAUUAGACGUACUCGUUGAAGACGUGCGUGAUUUUAUACGGAAUUUAGGUAGCAGCAAAUGCAUAAUUGUAAGUCAUGACUGGGGUGGCAUAGUGGCGAGCAGAUUUCGUGACACAUAUCCUGAAUGUGUCUCAGGUCUUGUGAUGUUUGCGAGCAUGUGUAAGGAAUCCUGGCAACGGGAUAUUUGGAAUAAUUGCAAACAGCAUUUUGGCGCAUGGUACACUUUCUUCUUCCUCGUGCCUAAGUUACCUGAGUGGUGGUUCGAGAUGGGCAAUUUAGAAGUUUAUGAGUGGAUAUUCAAACAGGAGGGUAAAAAUGUUGACGAAGAUACUAUCAAUUGCUACAAAUACACUUUCAGUAAACCUGGUUCCUUCACGCCACCUAUAAACUACUACCGAUCGGUCUUCUCAUUAACAACUAAAAGAAAUAAUAUAGAUAAUAAUGUACCAAUGCUUGUGGCUAAUGCUGCAAAAGAUUCAUCAUUACUUCCAAACUUAUUGAAUCGUAUGAAGGAGGAUUACAAGUAUAUUGAAACAAAACUACUUGAGGACUGCUAUCAUUUCUUCCAGGAACAUGAACCAGAAUUAAUCAACAAACUUAUAAGAGAGUUCCUAGUUAAGCAUAAGUUAUAAAUUCAUAUUAUAAUUAGUUUAUAUUGUAAAACAUUUUCUUUUUAUACUCUGUAGUGUGUAUUUAAUGUUAA